CCCAGGACUCAGCUGAGUGAAACAAACUGCACUACAAAAGUUUAGGUCUGGAAGUUUGACAAAGAACUGGAUCAUGGCUGUGCACCAAAGAGUUGUCCACAAGAGGAGGGAGACCAUCACAGCUCUGCCCCUUUACUACUCUGGACGUCUGCUGAAGAAAGGCUCCAAAGAGAAGAACUUCGGAAAUUUCUAUGGAGAGCUGAGAGGAGCGACGCUGUUUCUGUACAACGAUGACACUCAGGACACAUACACAGAGAGGCUGGACCUGGAGCAGCUGAGGUCCAUGGAGUUAAAGUCUUUCUUUAAAAAGGGGGAACCACCUAUUUUCACCCUGAUUCUGCCUUCAGGGGAGAUGCAGCUGAAGAUGGAUUGUGCUGAUACAGGAGAGGAAUGGAGGGGCUACAUCCUGACGGUGGUCAAAAAAGAGAUUCCCAAAAAGCUGCAGCUGCUGCCCGGUCAGAUGAUGAAGCUGGAGGAGGUUCUGGCUCAGGAGAAAGAGAGGAACCCCCAGCUGACUCGGCCUCCCCUCCCACCCCGAUCGAACAAGAUGAUGCCUAAAAUCCCAACGAUGCCUGACUGUUUCUUUGACGUGAGCCGACAGGAGGCCGAGAAGAUGCUCGACGGGAGCCCGGAGAACGGGAGCAUCAUCCUGCGCCCGUCCGCCAUUCCCAAGAACUACGCCCUGACCAUCAGACAAAAGACCACCAGUGGUGUGUCCUUUAAGAACUACAGGGUGACCAACACAAACUUUGGCUACGUGAUCGAGCUGGACACUCCGGUAACCGUCAACUCCCUGGACGAAGUGCUCAGUUACUUCAUGGAGAAGACAGAGUACCGUUAUUGUCCUUACGUUGACUCUCAGCCCUACGACACUUGCAUCAUCACAUCCCCACCUCCAAAGUGCAUCAGCAUCUCCUCGCCUUCACAUAAAACUCUGCCCAGUGCUCAAGUGGCGCCGAUGAUGCCUUUACAUUCCAAAGAAAAGUUCCACCUGCUUCCAGAGAAGGCUGAUGAGGGAGAAUACGUCAUGCCAGACGAUCACAGGCCCAACAACCUGUACUUAGCUCAGCUGGACAGUGAGCUUCAAAAAGCUUUAAAAAUAAGGCGAGAACACAUCUACAGAUCAAUGGAAGCGGAGAAGGGUGCCAUUUGUGACCAAGUCGUGAAACCUGCAAGGCAUUGUGGAGCAGCUCAACAGCCGGAGACAUGA